AUGGGUCUAGGGGUUUUAACAAAAAGAACGAAUACUUAUGGUUUACAUGGUAAAAAAUUAAGAAUGACAAUAACUGCUACAGCAGUUGCAGGAUUUUCAUUAUUUGGUUAUGAUCAAGGUCUUAUGUCAGGUUUAAUUGCAGCCGAACAAUUUAAUUGGGAAUUUCCUGCUACUAGAGAUAAUGGUACUAUACAAGGAGCUGUUACAGCAAGUUAUGAAAUUGGUUGUUUUUUUGGUGCAUUAUUUGCAUUAAUGAAAGGUGAAAGAACUGGUAGAAGACCAUUAAUAUUUGUUGGAUCUAUAUUAAUUAUUAUUGGAGCUAUAAUAUCAACAACUCCAUUUAGACCUCAUUGGCCAUUAGGACAUUUUGUUGUUGGUAGAGUUAUAACUGGUCUUGGUAAUGGAUUAAAUACAGCUACUAUACCUGUAUGGCAAUCCGAAAUGUCUCGUGCUGAAAAUAGAGGAUUUUUAGUUAAUAUGGAAGGAGCUUUUAUAGCUGUUGGAACUUUUAUUGCUUAUUGGACUGAUUUUGGAUUUUCAUUUAUUGAUUCAUCAGUUCAAUGGAGAUUUCCAGUUGCUUUUCAAAUAUUUUUUGCAUUACUUGUAUUAAUUGGUAUAUGGGGAUGUCCAGAAAGUCCACGUUGGUUGAUAAAAAAUAAUCAUGAAGAUGAAGCUCGUUAUAUUUUAGGUAAAUUAAAAGGAGUUAAAGCAAAUGAUAAAGAAGUUCAGGAAGAAAUUUCAGGAAUGAUUGAAUCAAUAAACAAGUUUUCAAGAGUUCAAGGUGGUAUACGUGAAAUUUUUACAGGUGGUAAAACUCAACAUUUUAGAAGAAUGAUUAUUGGAUGUAGUGGACAAUUUUUUCAACAAUUAACUGGUUGUAAUGCAGCUAUUUAUUAUUCAACAUUAUUAUUUUAUCAAACUAUUUUUAAUGGUACUCAAUAUAGAUUAUCGAUGAUAUUAGGUGGUGUUUUUGCAACAAUUUAUGCUUUAUCAACUAUUCCAUCAUUUUUUUUAAUUGAUACUUUAGGUAGAAGAAAAUUAUUUCUUAUUGGUGCAGCUGGUCAAGGUAUUUCUUUUACUAUAUCAUUUGCAUGUUUAAUAAAUCCAACACCUGAAAAUGCUAAAGGUGCAGCAGUUGGUAUUUUCUUAUUUAUUAUAUUUUUUGCAUUUACAUUAUUACCAUUACCUUGGUUAUAUCCACCAGAAUUAAAUCCAUUAAAAACCAGAACUUAUGCAAGUGCAGCAUCAACUUGUACAAAUUGGUUAAUGAAUUUUGCUGUUGUUAUGUUUGUUCCUAAAUUUUUAGAAACUUCAGGUUGGGGAACUUAUUUAUUUUUUGCUGCAGUUAAUUUUUGUUAUAUUCCAAUUAUUUAUUAUUUUUAUGUUGAAACAAAAGGUAGAUCUUUAGAAGAAAUUGAUAUUAUAUUUGCAAAAGCUUAUGUUGAAAAGAAACCAGCUUGGGUAAUUGCAAAUACUAUGCCUAAAUUAUCAUUAACUGAAAUUGAUGAAGAAGCUACAAAAUUAGGAUUACAUGAUGAUUCAGAUGAUGAAGAAAUAGAUCAUGAAAAUAUUAUUGGUUCUGAUGGUGAUGGUUAUGGUUAUGCUGAUGAUGAAAAUUUUGAAAAAUCAAAUUUUGAAUCUGGAGAUUUAAGUGAAACUGAUUCUAAUACAAAUUCCAAUAUAAACUCGAAUACAAAUUCGAAUGAAAAUAAUAAUGAAAAAUAA